AUGGGAUACACCACGCUGUGGAAGCGGUUGUCGCCGCGCCAGUUGAACGUCGCGAUCCAGACAUUCUCGCUCAUCUCGAUCUUCUUCGAAGGCUAUGAUCAGGGUGUGAUGGGCGGCGUCAAUGAUUCGCCCACGUACGUGACCGAGGUUGGCAUUGGCAAGGCCGAUGGGACCGUGACCGACACCACGCACCAGGGCGGCAUCGUCAGUGUGUAUUAUCUGGGCGCCAUCUUCGGCUGCUUCGCUGGCGGAUGGCUGGCCGACCGCAUCGGUCGAAUCAACGGGCUGCUGAUCGGCUCGCUGUUUGCCUUGGUGGGAGGUGCAUUGCAGUCGGCCAUUCAAAACUCGAAUUUCAUGAUCUGCGCUCGAGUGGUGACGGGGAUUGGCACUGGCGCCUUGACUGGAAUCACCCCUGUGUUGGUGUCCGAGACCUCGUCUGCAAACCACCGCGGUGGAUAUCUGGGUUAUGUCUUCAUUGCCAACUAUCUCGGAAUCUCCGUCGCGUAUUGGCUGUCCUUUGGUCUCGCUUUUGUCAACAAUGGAUACUCCGACGUGCGAUGGCGAUUUUUGCUCGCCUUCCAGUGUUUCCCGGCACUGAUCCUCGUGCUGUGCAUCAAAAUGCUCCCGGAUAGCCCCCGCUAUCUCGCCUCGGUCGGUCGCAAGGAAGAGGCGCGUGAUUUGUUGAACCGCAUCCGCAGUGGCAGGGCGUCGCAGGACGAGAUUGACCGGGAAUACCUGGAAAUCGCCACUAUUGCGCAGGACAGUCAGCCCAGCUCGCCGAUCCAAUUUGCGAAGAUCCUGCUGGGAAAGGGUGGGAAGCCGGGCAUGAACUUGGGCCGACGGGCGUGGCUGUGUAUUUGGCUCCAAAUUAUGGCCUCGUGGACGGGUAUCACAGCCGUCACUGCAUACUCUCCAGUUCUCCUCCGCCAAGCCGGUUACAGUGCUAUCAAGCAGAAUGGUCUUGCGGGAGGUAUCAACACCAUCGGAAUCAUUGGUACCAUUAUCAGUGCUCAAAUCAUUGAUCGCCUGGGCCGGCGUGUCUGUUUAAUUGGCGGGGCUGCUGUUUUAUUCGCCGUCAACCUGAUUGCCGGGGCUGUCUACGAGGGCUCUCUCCAUAACCCCGAGAAAGCAUCCCAGUAUGCUCCUGGGGCUGUCACCAUGCUGUUUUUGUUUAACCUGGGCUAUGCUGCCACUUGGGGCACCGUUGCCUUUUUGGUUCCCACGGAGAUAUUCCCCAGCGACCUGCGAGCCCAAGGCAAUGGCUUCGGGAUCACAGGUUGGGCCAUUGGAGUGGGAAUGACCACCCUCGUCAACCCGAUCAUGUUCGAUACCAUGAUGAGUCGCACUUAUUUCCUUUUCGCCGGUCUGAAUCUGAUCUGGAUUCCCAUUGUCUUCUUGUUCUACCCCGAAACUCGCAAUCGAUCACUCGAGUCCAUUGACGCCCUCUUUUCGACCUCAAGCCCCUUCCACUGGAAGAUGGAGCAAGCGUACAAACUUCAUGGCGAUGUCCUCGCCGAGCAUGGAGUCACUAAAAGUGAAGCCUACGAUGCUGGCAAGACGGAGCUCACGUCUACCCCUGCGGAACAGGAGAAUGCUUAA